UGGUUAUUGCAAGGCCCUCAUUCAUUUCUGAAGUUUGUCCUGGCUUGGUCGACGCUGCCAAGAAAUGGUGGCACUGGGCGUUUCAGCCGGCGGCGCUCAACCACCGCCGCAUACAUUUAGCGCGAAAGGCUGGAGGGCAAAGCGUUUGAGGUUGUGGGCUUGUGAAUUUCCUGCUUUUCUUCCAAAACAAGUCGACAAUAUCAAAGACCAAUUUGCUAGGAAAUUGGCUUCAAGAAUUGAGAGAGUCCCGGUAAGCUUUUCUAAAGGUUGUAUUAUGAGCAGUUGUGUGAAGCCAGCAGUGCGGAGUGAGGAGAACCCGGUUGUUCUUCUCCAUGGUUUUGACAGCUCACUUUUAGAAUGGAGAUACACCCUUCCGAUGCUCGAGGAGGCUGGGUUCGAGACAUGGGCAAUUGAUAUUCUUGGAUGGGGUUUUUCUGAUUUAGAAAGGCUUCCGGCAUUAGAUGUUGCUUCCAAGCGUAAACAUCUUUAUGAGUUUUGGAAUACAUACAUCAAAAGGCCUAUGACAUUAGUCGGACCAAGUCUUGGAUCUGCCAUUGCUAUCGACUUUUCCGUCAACUAUCCAGAAGCUGUGGAUAGGCUGGUUUUGAUCGAUGCAAGUGUAUAUGCAGAAGGCACUGGGGACCUUGCAACACUACCUAAAGCAGCAGCUUAUGCUGGGGUCUACUUGUUGAAAAGCAUCCCGCUUCGCUGGUAUGCAACUUCACUGGCUUUCAAUAGUUUACCCUUCAAUAUUCUCGCAGACUGGACAAAUAUUGGGCGGUUACAUUGUUUAUUACCCUGGUGGGAGGAUGCAACUGUUAAUUUUAUGAUCAGUGGAGGCUAUAAUGUCACUGCUCAGAUAAACGAUGUCAAGCAAAAAUCGCUUAUAAUAUGGGGAGAGAAUGAUCAGAUUAUUGACUACAAGCUUGGAGUUCGGUUGCACUGUGAAUUGCCAGAUGCAAUCAUACGCCAAAUCCCAAAUUGCGGUCACAUCCCACACGUCGAGAAGCCUGCCGCUGUUUCUAAUCUGAUUCGGGAGUUUGUUAGCGCCGAGAAGCCGGCUAACAGCCUAGCAGCUAGCAGGCAAGUAUGAAUCCUUUGGUUAGUUAUAGUUGCCAAUUGAUGUUUGUUAAGGAAUAAAAUGUGUAGUUUUGUUGAAAAAUUUAUUCUUGAUACCAAAUCCUUUUCAGUAGUGUACAAGCCGGCUUUCUUUUCUGUUCAAAAAUUGUGGCUAA